CCGAAAGAACCCUUCCAAAUCGCGAGAGCACCACUCAUCUUUCCCCUUCGUGUUCCCUGUCCCCCAGCAAGGCGCCGCCGCCUCGAUCCGGUGGAGAAGCGACGGAUUCCGCUCCGCCGGCGAUGGAUUCCGAACGGGAAACACUGGAUUUCGGCGGCUAGGCGGCGGCGCGGCCAGUGGGCGACGGGAGGUGGCGGAAAGGGCAGCGGAGGCGGCUGGAUUCGCUGGGUCCGCGGCGGAUUUCGGUUAUAUUCGGGCGAAAUCCGGCGUUUGGGCUUCGGAACGUCCGCCCUUGCCACCCCCAUAUGCAUUUCUCCAUCCACCACCACCACCACCCCCAAGAUGCCACGGCAUGGUUUGGCUUUCCGCAGUGGGGGUCCUAGACCUCCUAAUACGGAUAUGCUGGCAUAUAUGUAUGGACUUAGUCCGUACCCAGAUGCAUCAACUUAUCUAGGCGAUGGCGAUGAUAAUGAAUAGAAAGGAUCCAUGUGCAUCAACGGUCGCAUGAAGCAAACCAACAACAUUUUCCCAUGCCUAUUGUUCGACAUAUGUAUAUGUGGGACUUAUGUGGUCAUGUUUGCAAUAUAAUAUGUGUGUGCUUGCCUAAUUUGGAUAUGGAUUGCUAUUAGAACAUGAUGUAUCCUAUAUUUCUGGACUAUGGACUAUGCACUUGUAUUAUUUGGACUUUAGAAGUGUUGUGGAUGCUAUGUCGUCAUGUUUAUAUGGUUUUGUGUUGAAUAUAUUGUGUGUGAAACAUAUAAUAUGCACUCUGAACUCUAACUCUGAUAUGCGCAAAAUAUGGGCGGGUCAUAUCAAAUUUUUUUAUUUUUUCUAUUAUUCCCUCUCAAAAUAAGGUUUUUCAGUUAAUAAACAGCGAAUUUCGAAAUAUGAGAAUCGAAUUUCGGACCGGGAUUUCAGAAUUCCGUUUUUUUGAAUUUAGCAAAAUUUACCGGUCGGUUUCUGCGAAUUUCGCCGAAUUUGGGCUCCAAAAUUCGUUUCCGAACGUUACCGGAUUCAUACACUAACGGUAAUGUAAACCUUGCUCCAACUGCUUCCCCAGAUUCUCUCGCCCGCUGACGCACGUCUCCACCUUCCGGCCGCGCGUGCCUCACCGCCCGCUCGCCGCGCUGCCCUGCCCGCCGGCCCGCUUCCCCCUCGCCUGCUCGCCGGCCGGCCGCGCCUCCCCGACCGUCCGCCCGCCCGCCAACCGCGCGUCCCCGCCGGAGCUCGGCCGGAGGUCCAUUCGCAUCCGCAGGAGCUCGGCUGGAGAUCGAUUCGCGUCCAUGGAGGUCGAUUCGCUCUGCUGGAGGUCGAUUCGCGACUGCUUCAUCGUCGCUUGGAGCUGGAGCCUCACCGGAGCGCCACCAAACAGGUUAUUUUGGGGAGCACGAGUGUCCGGGGCGGGAGUUCUUGGGAGCGAGGAGCGGAGCGAGGUCAUUUUUGAGCGCUGCCAAACGCGCCAGCUUUGCUUUGGGCCCUCCGUCGUCCUGCCCUGUUCGUCCGUGUGCUGCGGGAGCCCAAGCAGCCGCGGUUUUGGGUGUCUGUGGAUCUGGAUUGGCGACACCAGGGGAAGCCUCGGCAACGCUUCUUGUUUUUUUUUCUUAUGAAAUAUGCUAUGCCAGAUGCCACUGCUAUGAAAUCCAAAUUUUCCAUCCUUGUUGCCAUCGCCAUACAUACAUUUUGGAAUCUGAUGGACUGCUCCUCAUUCGCUUUUUUUAUAACCCCUAUGGGAUGCCUUCUCCGCUAAGCAGUAAACAGUAGUGAGCAUUAUCGGAGCCCCAGCUAGCGCCCAUUAGAAAUCCACACAAACAUUAUCAGAGCUGGUGCGUGCUUGGUGGUGAGACCAGCUUACCCCGGUCGUCGGUGGGCAUGGCUGAAUCGGUGGUGGAUGCCGCGCUUGCCGUGGUCAAAUCCACCGUGGCCGCGGGGGUGGCACUGCAGCUCGGAGUGAAGGCUAGUCACCUGGAGGACAUCAAGAGUGACCUGGAGCUGUUCAAGACUUACCUCACGACCACCGACGAGGAGCGCGGCCAGGACAAGAUGAAGAUGGAAAGGGUCUGGGCGCGCCAUGUCCGCGACGUCGCCUACGAUGUGGAGGACUACAUGGAGGACUGCCGCAUUCAUCUGGCCAAUUGGUCGUGGUGGUCCCCCUCCAACAUCCUCAAGUGGUGCCGCAUCGCCGGCGAGAUGGAGGAGCUGAGAAGCAAGGUGCGCAGCGCGUGGAAAAGUAGAAAACUCUGCAGCUCCAUGGCUGCUCCUCACAGUCAAGCUGAAUCUGCGCUCAGUCCGGGUACAGAGAGCUCCAUGGCGCCAGUGCAGGAGGCUGGCGCCUUCUUCAGAUGUCGAGUCCAUGAUCUGAACAAGCCAUCUGGAGUUGGCCUCACCAAGCUGCUGUCUGGCCAAGACAGCUCGCUUAUGGUAGCCUCCAUCUGUGUGAGAGCGACAGCAAUGAACACAUUAGUUGGGGAAGCCUAUGAUGGUCUUGUCGCGACCGGCCAGUUCCCACAUGCCAUGCCUGGGUGACACUACAGCAUCCUUCCAAUCUGGGCGAGUUCAUCCGCAGCAUGCUCAGGCAAUUCCAGUCAUCCGCUUCUCAACAAGAGAAAAAAGGUUCUGGAGGGUGCGGCCAUAGUCGAUGUGCUACAAAGUAUAGACACCAUGUGCGAGAUACAACUGAUCAUUCGGGCCCUGGAUGGAAUCCUUCAACACAAGAGGUACCUGCUCGUCAUUAACGACACAUCCACAAGGGAAGAAUGGAAUUCCAUCAAGCUAUAUUUGCGGCCGGACAUCAAGAAUGCAAAUAGGAUCAUAGUCACUUCCCUGGAUGAGGGAGUAGCUAGAUAUUGUGCCGGCGGGCUGACAAGCAGCUCCUUCUGCCUCUCCGUUGGUACUGCAACUCUUCCUGCCUUCUGCAACAUGGAGCUUGUGGCUGACGAACCUGCUGAAGCUUGCUCUAAUGUCAGCAACCCUGAAAGCAUCGCUUCAACAAGCAGCGAGAUUGUGGAAAUCACUGUCUGCAACCCUGAAAACAUAGCCCAAAGGGCCAGAGAUCGAAUAAGUAGAACAAUUGCUAGAGAUGAAGAGGUGCCCCAGCUCGUGGGUCGGGAGAAAGAAAUGGAUUGGCUAGUCAGCGCAAUGACAGACACUAACAAUGAGCAAAAUAAUGUUAUACCAAUCUGUGGUAUGAGGGGCAUCGGCAAGACCGCCCUUGUACGAAAUGCCUACUGUCAUCAGGAUGUCAUUGAUCAUUUCACACACCGUGCCUGGGUGACUGUAUCAUAUCCUCUUAACAAAGGCAAUUUAUUCCAUAAUAUACUUCAGCAUUUCAAGUCAAAUGAUAAUAAUUCCUAUUUGAGGAGGCCAUUACAAGAAAUGUACAUUGAAGAGCUGAUUGAAUUUUAUGAGGUGAAUAAGCGCACCUGCCAUUUCAGAUGUCUUGUUGUUGUUGAUGGACUCUCUACCACCCAAGCAUGGAAUUUAGUCAAAUCGUCCUUAUUGUUGGAAGAUUAUAAAGCAUUACUUCGAAUAAUAGUCACCACUAGGGAACUUCAAGUUGCUAAAUAUUGUUCCAAUACUGACUUUGUGUACAACCUCAGCCGCCUAAGUGAAAAUGACGCCUCCGAGUUAUUCUGUCUGAAGGCAUUUGGGAGAGCCACUGAAGUUAAAUUAAGUGCAGAGAUGGUUAAGCAAAAAUACCAGAUGCUGGAUAAAUGUGGGGGCAUUCCUUUUGCUAUCGUUGAUGUAUGUCAGCUUGUGGCUUAUAGACCUUUUACAGCUAGAGAAUGGGAAAGUAUAAACAAGAAUAUCAAGCUGUAUCAGUAACCAACUCCAGAACUUGAAUCCAUGAGGGCAACUCUGGAGUCAUGUUACAGUAGUUUGUCCUACCACGUUAAGUAUUGCUUUAUGUACCUCAGCAUUUUCCAAGAAGAUCUGAACAUAAAGCGUAGGCGGUUGGUGAAGCGAUGGAUUGAUGAAGGAUAUAUGAUGGGAAUAUGAGGACCUGAAGCUGAGAAACUUGGGGAGAAUGUGUUCAAUGAGUUCCUUAGUAUGACUUUUAUCCAACCAACCAAGUACGCAGCAAUAACAAGUGGAAGAGUAACAAGCUGCAGUAUUCACCCUCUAAUGCUACAGAUCAGCACAGUGGAAGCCAAGGAGGAGAAGUUGGUGUGCAUUCUUGACAAUGAUCACAGUGAUGUGGCCUCAGGGGAUAUAAUAAGGCAUCUGGUUGUCAGGAGGAACUGGAGCAGGGAUAAUGAGGACAGGUACAAGAGCAUGGAUCUAUCCUGUGUUCGCUCACUCACGGUUUUUAGUGGCGGCCAUUUUUCCUGUCACGCAACAUGCACUUCCUGAGGGUGCUGGAUUUGGAAGCCGUGGAAGGUCUAACAGGGCUUGAACUCGAGCACGGGUAUUGAACAACUACCGAAAUCAGUGGGCAAACUUCAAUUCCUUGAGACUCUAGAUAUCAGAUACACCAAAGUCAGGACGCUGCCAUCCACUAUAGGUCACCUUAAAAGCCUAUGUUGUCUUCGUGGUGGUUUGUCCCUACAAGCUGACCCUGCUCGAAGUGGUGGUGGUGGUGAUCCAUGGGGCAUGGAUGUCCCCAAGGACAUAGGGAAGCUUCAAGAACUGAAAACAACGGGUACCUUGAGCAUCGGAAAUCAAGACCGUCAAGUUCUUCAGGAGCUGAGUAGACUGCCGCAGUUACAGCGGUUAAGUGUUACCGGCAUUACUGAUCAGAAUGGCCCUGACUUGUGCUCCACCCUCCAGCAUCUCAGCUGCCUUCAGUCUUUGGCCUUGCACUCUCCAGGAUUUCUUCAAGGUUUACCUCAGAGCUUGCUGGCGGAUUCCUUACAAUCUCCUCUGGAAUGCCUUGAAGUUCUGAAGCUGUACGGCAACCUCCCUGCCCUUCCACAAUGGAUCUCGGGUUUAUGGAACCUGUUCAAGUUAUACCUGCGCAAUACAAAACUCGAAGGACCAUUGUACGGCAUGAAUGUCCUUGAACAUCUGCCUAACUUGACCACUCUUCUUUUGUUAAAAGAUUCCAUUCUGGCACCGCAGCUGACAUUUAAAUAUGGUGCAUUUGAAGAGCUUGAGCUGCUGGAGUUGUCAUGUUUGGCGGAUCUAGCGUCUUUGGCAUUUAAAGCAUGGGCAAUGCCUAAGAUCAAAACACUUCACGUUAAUGGCUGCAAUAAUCUGGAUGGCCUGUUGAUCAAAAAAGGUGCAAUGGCUAAACCCGAGACUCUGGAAAUUAAAUACUGUUAUGGUCUACGUUUGGUGUCAUUUGAAGGUGCAUCCGUAAGAAUGCCUAUGCUCAAGAAGUUCCAAGUUGGUGAUUGCAAAAAUCUUCGGCUGUUGAAAUUUGCAAAGGGAGACAUGCCUAACCUUGAGACACUCCCAAGUCAGGAACUCUUAUAAUCUGUGGAUAAAAUUUGAAGCAGGGGCUCUGCCAAAGCUGAAGAUGCUCCAAAUUAGUGGCUGCAGAAAAGUGCAAUGGCUGCCAUUGGGACUCCCAGCUGGUGAUGACCCGUGGGUUUCAUCAAUUGAUGCCGGAGCUAUGCCUAACCUCGAAACCCUCCAUAUCGGAGACUGCUAUGAGCUACAUAACAUGUCAUUUGGAUGUGGAGCAAUGCCUAAGCUUGAGGCUAUCCGUUUUGAAUGGUGCAAAUAUCUUAGGGCAUUGACAUUCGAACUGGGAGCUACACCUAAGGUUGAUACACUCAAAAUUAUUGAGUGCCAUCCUCUGAAUUUGAUUGCACUGUCAGGACUGCAGCAUCUCAAUCUAAGAUCAAAUGUUUUUGAGUAAAUGUGCCCUGUACUAGGGACUAGCUCAUCUCCUGGAACACAGGACCGACUGCCUUGCAGACAUCUCCCAGGUUUUGAUUACAUGCAUGCAGAGUAAUCAAAGUAGUAAUUGUGUACCAUUUCUUGCUUGAUUCAGAGUUCCAGUUGUUCUUCUGUAUUAUGUUUGGAAGCUACUGCCGGUUAUGGCCUUAAUAAUUUCUUAAUUUCCACACUGUCGUUCUUCAAACUUUUUUCCCCUCCUCAAGUAACUUGUCAAUGAUUGUUACUGCAGAAA